AUGAGUUAAACUAGAAGAAAUAAAAUGAAAAUGAAUAAAGGCAGGGAUAUAAAACCCCAGUCCCAGUGGUUUAUCCUUCUCUUUCUUCACACUCUCUCUACAGCGACCUCAUCUCAACUCAACACAACCAAACCAAACCAUGUCUUCUUCCUUCAUUACUUCAAAUCGCUUAACCCCCACCCUAUCAAACCUUCCCCCUCGUAACCGCCGUAACAACCACCCAACCACUCGACCUUCUUCCCUCAAAUGCCACCUCUCUUCUUCUUCUUCCACUUCCUCCGACGAUAACCACAACAAUGAUUCCUCCAACUCCAAUUCCUCCCUUUUCAAAACCCUCUCCGCCACCCUCGCAGUCUCCGCUGCAGCGUCAGCUCUCUACCUCACCGACUCCCUCCCCAAUUUAUCCGGCGGAGGAGGACAUUCAUCCAGCGGAAAUGGUGGCGGAGGUAGUGGUGGUGGUGGAGAUGGUGGUGGUUGGUUUAACGGCGACGGUGGAUCUUUCUGGUCAAGAAUUCUCUCUCCAUCAACAGCCAUCGCUGACGAACCAAAAUCAAAAGAUUGGGAUUCACACGAAUUACCGGCGAACAUCACGGUUGCAACUAACAAAUUAAGCGGAUUCAAGAAAUACAAAGUUUCAGAUAUCUAUUUCCUCGAUCGGGACACGAGGCGGAGAAUCGGAGCUGAAGAUUCGUUCUUAGAUAUGGUAUCUCUUAAACCAGGAGGUAUAUACACAAAAGCUCAGCUUUUGAAGGAGCUAGAAAGCUUAGCUUCUUGUGGAAUGUUCGAGAAAGUUGAAAUGGAUGCUAAAACCAAGCCGGACGGCACCUUAGGGCUGUCGAUUUCGUUCUCCGAGAGUAUGUGGGAGAGAGCAGAUAAGUUUAGAUGCAUCAAUGUUGGUUUAAUGGCUCAAACUAAACCGAUUGAUAUGGACCCUGAUAUGACUGAUAAGGAGAGGCUUGAAGUUUUUAGGAGACAAGAGAGAGAGUAUAAGAGGAGAAUUGAUAAUUCUAGGCCUUGUCUUUUGCCUCCUCAGGUUUAUCAUGAGAUUAAGGAAAUGUUGAAUAGACAAGGGAGGGUUACUGCUAGAUUGUUGCAGAGGAUUCGUGACCGUGUUCAGAAAUGGUAUCAUGAUGAAGGUUAUGCUUGUGCACAGGUUGUUAAUUUUGGUAAUCUUAAUACACGUGAGGUUGUGUGUGAGGUUGUUGAAGGGGAUAUUACUCAGAUGAAUGUUCAGUUUUUGGAUAAACUUGGUAAUGUUGUUGAAGGUAACACUGAAUAUGCUGUUGUUCGAAGAGAACUUCCAAGACAGCUUUUACCGGGUCAAAUUUUUAACAUUGAAGCUGGGAAGCAAGCUUUGAGGAACAUAAAUUCCCUUGCUUUGUUUUCCAACAUUGAGGUGAAUCCAAGGCCUGAUGAGAAGAAUGAGGGAAGCAUAAUUGUUGAAAUUAAGCUCAAAGAGUUGGAGCAGAAAUCGGCUGAAGUUAGUUCCGAGUGGAGUAUUGUUCCCGGGCGAGGAGGACGUCCUACUUUGGCUUCGUUGCAGCCGGGAGGGACUAUUUCUUUUGAACAUCGGAAUCUACAAGGAUUAAAUAGGUCUCUUACUGGUUCAGUAACAACCAGCAACUUCUUGAAUCCUCAGGAUGAUCUUGCUUUUAAAAUGGAGUAUGCACAUCCGUAUUUGGAUGGUGUCGAUUUACUACGCAACCGAACACUCCGUGUAAGCUGCUUCAAUAGCCGAAAGCUGAGUCCAGUAUUCACUGGGGGACCAGGGGUGGAUGAAGUGCCCUCAAUAUGGGUUGACCGUGCUGGUGCAAAAGCCAAUAUCACUGAGAAUUUUUCUCGUCAGAGUAAAUUCACUUAUGGAUUAGUAAUGGAAGAGAUAAUAACACGUGAUGAAACCAAUCAUAUAUGUUCCAAUGGUCAAAGAGUAUUGCCUAAUGGAGGAAUUAGUGCAGAUGGACCUCCAACCACCCUCAGUGGUACUGGUAUCGAUAGGAUGGCGUUUUUACAGGCCAAUAUUACGAGGGAUAACACAAGGUUUGUUAAUGGAGCUAUAGUUGGAAGCAGGAACAUGUUCCAGGUUGAUCAAGGCCUCGGCAUCGGUAGCAAUUUUCCAUUUUUUAACCGUCACCAGUUAACUGUGACUAAGUUUCACCAAUUGCUGGAUGUGGAGGAAGGUGCUGGUAAACCACCACCACCGGUGCUUGUCCUUCAUGGCCACUAUGGUGGUUGUGUAGGCGACCUUCCAAGUUAUGAUGCUUUUACUCUUGGGGGUCCCUAUUCUGUAAGAGGUUACAACAUGGGUGAGAUUGGAGCAGCCAGAAACAUCCUCGAGUUGGCAGCUGAGAUACGCAUACCUAUUAAAGGUACACACGUGUAUGCCUUUGCAGAACAUGGCACUGAUCUAGGAAGUUCAAAAGAUGUCAAAGGAAAUCCUACAGAAGUCUAUAGGCGAAUGGGUCAGGGGUCCUCUUAUGGUGCUGGUUUAAAGCUUGGUUUAGUGAGAGCAGAAUAUGCCGUUGAUCAUAACUCAGGAACUGGUGCAAUAUUUUUCCGUUUUGGAGAAAGAUUUUGAGGUGCAUAUGAGUCGUAGGGUAUGUUUGGUUAUUUUUUUUCGUUUGCGGAAGAAAUCUUUCGGCCAUAGGUGCUUGAAUCUUGUAGAAUUUGGUUUAAGUGAACUCCACGCCGGUACUGGGCUUUGUUUUCUGUAGGUUACUCAAAAUUGUAGUAGGAUUCAAUGAAAAUAUUGAGAUUUUAGAUUAUCUUGAUGUCAAUUAUUGAUAAUUUCUGCGGCUUAAUCAAUGUCUAAUUCAUGAGAACGGAUCGAAAUUCAAAAUGUAGUGGUUCAUAAUGUAUUUCGUUUAUUUCCUUGUGGUGA